AUGGGCUGGGCUGACGGUUCUACAGCAGGUCUGAAAAAGCCUAUCUCAAAAGGCCAACGUGUCGUUAUCGUUCAUGCCGGUUCAGAGGCUGGAUUUGUGCCAAAUGCAUUAUUAACUUUCAAGUCGGGCACAAAAUCAGGAGAUUAUCAUGACGACAUGAAUUUUGAAAAUUACCAGAAAUGGAUUCGAACUCUAUUGGUACCCAAUCUCCCACCGAACUCCGUUGUUGUGGUAGACAACGCCCCAUACCACAAUAAAGAAUAUGAUAUGGCUCCCACAUCUAAUUCCCGAAAAUCCGACAUGCAAGAGUGGCUUACCAAAAAUGGAAUCAGCUUUGAUUCCAAUAUGUUGAAACCUCAAUUGUACGAUAUAAUAAAAAAUAACAAACCUCGUUUAAAGAAAUACUCCGUUGACAAAAUUUUGAUGGAAAAUGGUCACGAUGUUCUCCGUCUUCCACCGUACCACCCGGAUUUAAAUCCCAUAGAAAUGGCUUGGGCCUCUAUAAAGGGUUACGCGAGUAGUAAAAACGUAAAGUGGAAUAUUAGCUGCGUUAUAGAUUUAAUUAAAGAAAAAGUGAAUCUGAUGGGACCAGAGGAAUGGAAAAAACUAUGUGACAAAGUAAAAUCUAUAGAAGAAAGCUAUAUAAAAAGUGACCACAUCGUGGAUGUUCUUACGGAGGAAUUAAUUAUACGUGUGGGAGAAUCUGACGAGAGCGAAGAUUCGACAGAUGUGGAUUUUCCCGAAUCAUCGGAAGAUGAAGACUUUAAUAUGGAACCCGGCCCCAGUUCCUCAAGUUCCACGAUUCCCUCAAGUUCCAUGAUAGAGGGAAUCAUGGAACUUGAGAAUAGCGAUAGCGACUAA